ACUGCGUCCGCCCUCCUGGCUCACUGAGGCCUGGCUGGCGACCAGCGAGGCUAGGAUGGCGGCACCGCGGCCCUUCGCGGACUCACACUGCUGCUCACGUCCGGUGGCGGUGCCCGGCGUGCAGCAGACGCUGGAGGAGAUGGACUUCGAGAGGGGAAUCUGGUCGGCAGCCCUGAAUGGAGACCUGAACCGAGUGAAGCACUUCAUCCAGAAGUCCACAGACCCCAGCCAGCCGGACUCUGCUGGCUAUACUGCCCUGCACUACGCCAGCCGCAAUGGGCACUAUGCUGUCUGUCAGUUCCUGCUGGAGAGCGGGGCCAAGUGCAAUGCCCAGACCCACGGGGGCGCCACUGCACUGCACCGGGCCAGCUACUGCGGGCACACUGAGGUUGCCCGGCUGCUGCUCGCACACGGGUCCAACCCCCAGCUGGUGGACGACGAUGGCAUGACCAGUCUUCACAAGGCAGCCGAGAAGGGGCACAUGGACAUUUGCUGCCUGCUGCUGCAGCACAGCCCCGCUCUGAAGGCUGUGCGAGACCAGAAGGCACGGCUGGCCUGCGACCUGCUGCCCUGCAACAGCGACCUGCGUGGCCUGCUGGCCAGCUGAGGCCCCCCUGCAUCAGGUCGCCCUUGGAGGGACACCGACAGCUGUCCAGGCCCCUGCCUUGCCCAGCACCCACGCUGCAGGCAGGAAGCUGUGGCUGAGACCCCGAGAGCCCGCGUGGCAGGGGGAGGUGUGGCUAGAAGUGUGGACGCCUGGACAGAGGAGCAUAUUCUACAUUGUUGUCACGUGAACGGCCACUCAUCUGGAAACAAACAAACUCGUAUCCUUACCUCAUUCAAAGUGAAUUCCAAGAAUGAAAGACCUUCAUAUAAAAACAAAACUAGCUGGGGCUUGCUCGCCUGUGACCUCAACAACUCAGGGGGCUGGGACAGGACAACUUGGAGGGCAGCCUCAGCAACUUGGUAAGACCCUGUUUCAAAAAUGAAACCCCCAAACCAGGUGAAUACUAGAGGAAAACCUGACGAGGUGAUGGAGCCACUGGGGAUCUUGAUGAGAGAGCCGCUGAGGGAUCUUGGCACAGCCACGUUACCUGUAUGGCUCCAGUUUCCAGGGCUGUGAGGUGAGGAUCAGAGGAGAGCGUCCUCAGGGUGGCUCUGGGGACUGAGCAGGUGAAUCUGGGGGACGCAUCUGAGGGCCUGGCACACUGCCCACAGCUUACAAGAGUGCCCAGUUCGAAAGCUUUGUCCACACUGGCUUUUAUAAAACAAUUUCACUAACCCUGGUAAUCCAGGGGGUAGGAAGGUUCCUUGGCUCUGUUUUGUUUUGCAUUGCUAAUUACUGGUGAGACUUGCACACCUGUCUCUGAACUGCCUGCCUGUGCCCAUUAAAAUUUUUUUUUUUUUGGUGGGGGUUUUGGAUUGAACUCAGGGGUGCUUUACCCUGAGCUACACCCCCAGCCCUUUUUUACUUUGAGAUAGGGUCUCGCUAAGUUGCUUGGGGCCUCACUAAUUUGCUGAAGCUGGCCUUGAACUUGUGACCCUCCUGCCUCAGCCUCCUGGGUCUUUGGGAUUAUAGGCAAGCAUCACCACAACCAGCUAUUUUUUUUUUCUUUAUAUUUGUAGGAGUUGUUUAUAUUCUGGUAUUGAUACUGUUUUGCAUAUAUGCCUUUUUUUGGGGGGGGUCCCGGGAUUGAACUCAAGGGCACUCAACUAACUGAGCCAGCCUAUUUUGUAUUUUAUUUAGACAGGUCUCGCUUAGUGCCUCACCGUUGCUGAGGCUGGCUUUGAACUCACAGUCUUCCUGGCUCAGCCUCCUGAGCCACAAGGAUUACAAGCGUACGCCACUGCACCCGGCUUACAUUAAUUUUUUAUUUUCUUUCAUAUUGUCACUUGUCUUUGUUGGUAUCUGUUCAUAGGAAUUGGUACAGUCACUGUGGAUGGCAAUUUGGCAAAAUCUAUUUAAAUAAAAUGAGCAGGGCCAGUAA